AUGCACGCCUUGAAAACACUGAGCCAUACCAAUAUUUUUAGUAAAAAAUGUUGGCAACUUUAUGGUUUUGACAUCUUACCAGUAUUACAUCUUCCAGAUAUAGUUCAUGCACAUAUAAGAUCAAGCAACGUAACAGUGGACAAACUAAGAACAGAAUCAAGCACAAAAAUAGAACUCACAAGGUGUGGAAAAAUUACCCUAGGUAUCUUAAUAGUGAUGCUUGCUGCAAUAAUCAUUGGACUUGUUAUUUAUUUUGCCACUAAUGGGAAGAGACCUUUCUACUAUCACAUCAGUUUUAAAGUAACAAACAUUGACUAUAACAGCAAGUUUGAAAAAUAUUAUUCACAAGAAUAUAUGGACCUAAAUGAAAAAGUAGUGUCAUUGAUAAAUGAAACAUUUCACGGCUCCAAACUUCGAAGACAGUAUGUCAAAUCUCAUAUUGUACAAGUAAGCCGAGCCAAAGGGAAAGUGAUAAUACAUGCUGUGAUUAAAUUUAAAUCCUGUUACAAAAAUAAUGCAGCAAGAUUUUGGGAUAGAAUUGAAAACAUGUUACGUCAGAAGUUACAGGGUGAAACUGGGUCUUUAUGUAUAGAUUCUUCUUCAUAUCGAUUUUCAGAUAUCGAAAUGCCAAUAGCAGAAAAUCUUCUCAAUACCUGUUGUGGACAACGCACAAUAACUCCCUCUGGCAACAAAAUAGCAGGUGGUGUCAAUGCUCAGGAAGGGGAAUGGCCCUGGCAAGCUAGCCUUCAACUGAAUAGUAUCCACCGAUGUGGAGCCACUCUGAUUAGUAAUAGCUGGCUUGUCACUGCUGCUCAUUGUUUUGCAAAUUCAAAGAAUCCUAGAGAAUGGAAAGUCAGUUUUGGGCUUCUUCUAAGUGAUCCGCAUGUACAACAACAUAUCAAUAAAAUUAUAAUCCAUGAAAACUACCAUUAUGCCGCACAUGAUGAUGACAUUGCUGUUGUACAUCUGUCUUCACCGGUAUUAUAUACCAGCAACAUCCGAAGAGUAUGUCUUCCAGAAGCUUCUUUUAAAUUCCCACCCAAUUCAGAUGUGGUGGUCACUGGAUGGGGAACAUUAAAGUCUGACGGAACAAGUCCAAAUAUCCUCCAAAAAGGAUUAGUAAAGAUUAUAGAUAAUAAAAUCUGCAACAGUGAACAGGUAUAUGGUGGUGUGAUCACACCUGGAAUGCUGUGUGCUGGGUUCAUGAAGGGAAAUGUGGAUGCCUGUCAGGGUGAUUCUGGCGGGCCUCUGGUUGGUGCCGAUCAGAAAGGCACUUGGUUUCUUGCUGGUAUUGUAAGCUGGGGAGAUGAAUGUGCUCUUCCAAACAAGCCUGGUGUCUACACUCGGGUGACAUACUAUCGAAAUUGGAUCAAGUCUAAAACAGGGCUCUAG